GCGGAUGGUCAAGAUUGAAAACAUGGGGUAAAGUUACUUAGUGGAUUUCCAUUGACAAUGUUCAUCAACAAUUUAGUCUUUCAAAAUUUCCUUCCUUCAAUUCCAUAACAAUGCUUUCGAGAGCCGGUCAAUCUAUCUUACGCCAGGCGCGUACUCAAUUACGGCCACAAGUUGGUCCUACGCCUGUUGCUUCACUAUCCGCGUUCGCAAGAUUAUUAUCCUCACUGGCCGUCCUGGAACAAAGGGAAGGCAAACUUAACCAUGGUUCACUUGGCGCAGUCACUGCAGCCCAGAAGUUAGGAGGGUCGAUAACUGCAUUUAUCGCGGGAAGCAAUAUCAAAUCCGUCGCUGAGGAAGCAGCUAAAGUUGCAGGAAUCGAAAAAAUUAUCGCGGUAGACAAUGCUGCAUAUGACAAGGUGAGGAGAUCUACUUCCUUAAUAAUCCAGCGAUGCUGCUAAAUUAGCAAUUUCUGAUCCUUUUACUUUAGGGUUUGCCAGAAAAUUAUGCUCCUUUAUUGGUAGAAAAUAUCAAGAAGGGCGGCUUUACACACAUCAUUGCGGGACACACAGCUUUUGGGAAAAAUCUAAUGCCCCGCGUUGCCGCAUUACUUGAUGUUCAACAAGUAUCGGAUAUUACAGGAAUCGAGAAUGAGAAGACUUUCGUGAGGCCAAUCUAUGCUGGGAACGCAAUUGCCACUGUUGAAUCUUCAGACGAAAUCAAAAUCAUUACCGUUAGAGGAACAGCCUUUGCCGCUGCUGCGGCUGAGGGAGGCGCGGCAUCAAUCGAAGAUGGCGUAGAUCCUAAGAUUGAAUCACAGACGGAAUGGGUGUCAGAAGAUCUCGCUAAAUCAGAUAGACCAGAUCUCGCCACUGCGGGCAAAGUAGUAUCUGGAGGCCGAGGAUUGAAAUCGAAGGAAGAGUUUGAUCGAAUAAUGUUGCCUUUGGCGGAUGCAUUAGGAGCGGCUGUUGGAGCAUCAAGGGCGGCUGUGGACAGCGGCUACGCCGACAACAGUUUACAGGUCGGCCAAACCGGAAAAGUUGUAGCACCACAAUUGUACUUGUGUGCAGGUAUCUCUGGUGCUAUUCAACAUUUGGCAGGUAUGAAGGAUAGUAAGGUCAUUGCAGCGAUCAACAAAGAUGCGGAUGCGCCAAUUUUCCAAGUCGCCGAUGUUGGGCUGGUUGGGGAUUUGUUUGAUAAGGUCCCAGAGCUGACGGAAAAGUUAAAGUAAUGUACGAUAUUGUUAGUUUAGAAUCUCCUGGUCUAAUCUAGAACCUUGAGCAUGUCUUCCACAUUUGUAAAUUUUUCUCGUUCCUUUCCAUUACUGUUACCCCUCCUACG